AGCAAGAUCCUGCUGAAGCUACUUAUAUUCAAAAUUACGCUAACAAACAAAUUAUAGGUACUACGGCUGGUUUAGCUUACAACUUAGAAGUAACUGCCAACCAAAUUAUGGCUGCUGGACUCUAUAAUACUAACCCGAACAAAACUGGAGCAGCGAACUAUAACUUUAAAGACAGGUAA